GGGAUGGGGGCGGGGUGGGGACUCCAGGACCCCCGCGGCCUCAUCCCCCUCAGGGCUGGUCCCAGCCACCCCGGCGCCGUGGCAGUCAGCGCUCCCAGGGCUUUGUGCUCUGGGUGGGUCCCCACCGCCCGCUCCUGCCCGACGCCCGCGGCUUCCCAACGCUCCCCGCCCCACACGCUCCUCCGGGGCUGCGCCUCUGGGGCCUGGCCUCGGGGGCGACAGCCCACAGACAGACACACCCAGUGUAGCCGCCUCCCGCCCCGCCCCGGGCGCCCCCGCAGACCGCUGAGAGGUCGGUUUCGCGCCGGGGUGGGAUUGGGGGGUUCCAGAGGGCGAGGCUAGGGCCAGACUAGGUUGGCCUCAGAAAGGAGAAAAGGCGGCUACACCGUGACCCCGGGCUGGGACCCCGGGAACUGGUGUUGGGUAAGGGGCCAGCCGGCGACCCCACCCACUAGGUACGCCUAGGACCGAGGUGACCCUUCCGAGCUGCCAGUCGGCCCACUCCGCUGCUCCGAAAAGCCCAGCACGACUCUCCCAGGCCCCGCGCCCACCUGCCCCUGCCCCUCCUCCCUCGGGCCUGUGGUCCCUUUCCACCCUGGGCAUGACACUUCCUCUCCGGACCUUGCAGAUCUGCCUUCUUUCCUGGAACCCACCGCAAAGAAGCCGUCCGGACCACCCAGUCGAAAGAGGGGUUUCCUCUCCCCCAGCAACCUACCCAUUUCUUUCUGUCUCUGGCAACUGCGACAUAACAUUGCUUGUUUGCCGUCGCCCCCCGCGUCGGAUUAGAACCCGCGAGACGCUUCCUCAGCCCCAAGGGCAGGCCGGGUCUACCGUGGGCCUCAGGAGACAUCUGUGCGAUGCCGACAAGACGGCCGCCAGGCCACAGUGGGCUGGAACCCUCAGUACUCAGAAGACCAGAGUGCUGGCGCAAGGGAAUUCAGAAUGAAAACAUCAAACGCGAAAAUAAGCUUAGCCCUCUUUUUUCCCCACAACGCCACUUUGAACUAAAAAACAAAAUUUUAACAAGUGUCCCUCAUUUUUUGUGAGCCCUACUUUGCUGGUGCUUGGUUUACUGUUGGGUAAUCUGGAAGAGAGUGACAUCACCAGCGACCAUGACAUCACCCCAUCUGGCUUGUGUCAUCAUCGACCUUAACCCUGAGACGUCACCAGCGUGACCAGUGACACCUUACAUUCUGUUCCAUGACGUCAUCCUGCCUGACUGAUGACGUCACUCCGCCCGCCUUGUGGCAUCACGUUCACUGGUCCCGUGAUGCCACUCUGCCUGUCUACGACCUUGGCCGGCCAGCCUGUCUCCUGCCCAGUGGCUGGUGUUCCACGUCCACUGUGUCACGGGCCUCGUGCAGGUGCUGCAGCCGGCGGGGGUCAGAUUCGCAGGCCGCGCGGAGGCCCGAGGGCCCGGCUGGGUCCGCGGAGAGCAGAGGCGUGCGGGCCGAGGCUCGCCGGCUCCUCGGGGGCGCCUCACCCGGUUCCCCUCGCGAGUUCUCCUUUCAGAUUUCCCGCGGCCCCAGCUCGCCCAGAAGCCAGGCGGCUGGCAGCGCGCGCUCGGUCCCGGAGCCUGGAGCCCGCGGGAGAGGGGCUCGGGAAGCCGUGCGUCCGGCCCGCCCUCGGCCCCGCGCGGCGCGGGGGCGCACCAUGCCUGCCGACACCCCGGGGAAGCUGAGGGCCUCGCCGCGGGCGGGAGCGCCGGCCGGUGCCCGCCGGACCCCGGACCAGCCCCGGAGCGCGGCCGAGCACCGGAAGUCCUCCAAGCCCGUCAUGGAGAAGCGGCGCCGAGCGCGCAUCAACGAGAGCCUCGCUCAGCUCCAGAGCCUCCUCCUGGACGCCCUCAGGAAAGAGAGCUCCCGCCGCUCGAAGCUGGAGAAGGCGGACAUCCUGGAGCUGACCGUGAAGCACCUGCAGAGCCUGCGGCGCGUGCAGGUGACAGCCGCCCUCCGCGCCGACCCGGCAGUCCUGGGCAAGUACCGCGCCGGCUUCCACGAGUGUCUGGCCGAGGUGAAUCGCUUCCUGGCUGGCUGCGAGGGCGUCCCGGCCGACGUGCGGUCCCGUCUGCUCGGCCAUCUGGCGACCUGCCUGGCCCGGCUGGGGCCCUUGCGCCGCCCGCUUCCACCGGCCCCCGCCGCCGAAGUUCUGGCGCCCGCGGUUUACGCGGGCCGCUCGCCGCCGCCAGCCUUCGACGGCCCCUGCCCCUUGCCGCGCUCCAGGGCGGUCUUGGCGCCGCCCUUCCUGCCGGGCCGGACGGGGGAGCCCCUCGCCGCCCCCGGAGCCGCGGCUCAGGGCCGGGGCGCACCCUGGAGGCCGUGGCUGUGGUGAGGUCGCGGCCCCAGAACCCGCUGAGACUGUGCCAGAAAAUAUUUAUUCCCAGCGGCCGCGUCGGGAGCUUUGUUCUGUCGUCUUCGUGAAGGGUCCAGUGCGGCAGAGGCCCGGCCGCGGGGUCGGCCGAUGUCUUCGCGCGAGCGGGCAGGGCGGGCCGCGGGGGUUCUGCUCCCACCUGGGCCCGCAGGUGCCCGGCGCGGACGUUCGGCCGGCCUUGCGUUUGCCUGUAUCUAACUGCACUGGAGCCGCGACCCGCCCUGGAGUGGGGGGGGAGGGUGUGUGAGAGGUCCCUCGGGAGGCUCAGGCAGGACGGGGCCAGUCAUCACUUUUUCCAGAAUGUCUCUCCGUGCUGGGAAGCGGUCCCGCAGCAUCACUGGGCAUGUUGUUUCCCACUCUCACUCGCGAGGACCCUGGGAGGUGGAGACAUGUAUUUUCACACUGUUGUCUUGGUGCUGAGCUGUGGUGAGGGCUGACUGUCCCUGAAGCUUCGGUUCUGGCCUGUUCCACCUCCUGCCUUCUUGUGGCUGAGCACAAAGCUGCCUGUGCCCACCCGUGCGUUGAGCCUGCCCCAGGCCAGUGUCUGCCCGGGAGAGGGCUGCCAGCAGGAGCGGGCAUCUGAGUCCCAGGGGCAGGGAACGGGGGCCAGCCCGACAAAGGGCACUUGGUGCUGGGGCUCUUCUCCUGCCAGAGCCCAGCCCUGCUGUGUGCCCCAUCCUGCCCUGAGAGGGGAGGUCCCCCUUCAGUACAAAGGAACUGGCGUUGGUCCGGUCUACGCAUCCGUCCUGAGCACCGGCUGUGUGUUCAUCCUACAAUACAGCGAUCCUAGGCGGCGUUGGGCAUGGCCCCCCACCCCCGACCCCGAGAGUCGCUGUCCUGUGGUCCCAGGCCUCCCCAGGCUGCUGCUGGGGGCUGUGCUCCGGGUGCGGUGAGGGGGGUGGUCCAAGGCACGCAGCUGGGACUGCAGUGUCUCAUCCUGAGCCCUGCUGAGGCUGAGGCAAGAUCUGUUUCCCAGCCACACCCAAGUUCACCUGAUGGUUGUUGGCCGCCUGCCUGGCCAGGGACCAUCGCGGAGGAGGAGGGUGAAUCACUGCCGGGGCUGGCCUGCCCCUCCUCCAGUGGCCCCAUCAGCUCCCGUGUCCGUGUCAUGCGCAGGGUUCACCUGCCCUCCUGGACUCAGCCGUGCACACCCGGCAGGGCCUGCCACGUCCCACCAAGCCAGUUUCUCCCCGGCCUCUAGCUGCCUGGCGCGUCUUCCUGAGUGUCCAGGGCCCAGGCCAGUGGUCCUGGACAGUUGCAGCCAUGCAGGCCAGGUGCCGCACCCUCUGCACACAGGCCCUGGGGAGGCUGGGAGAGCCGGGUCUCCAGCAGGACUGUGGGGGAGUUGCUCCUGACCAGCCUGGGAGGCCCUCCCAGCAGGAGAAUUGUAGAGGGUCCAUUUCAGAAGCCAGAAGUUCAGCUUGGCUGGGGGAGGGGAACUGCUCAGGGAGGGACUCAGUGCA